AUGAUUAUGAGAAUCUUUGGUGUUUUUGCAGUAGCGUUAUGGAUUAUAGUGGUUGAUGCUAGGGUUCUUGGAGGGAGAGGAAUCGAAAAGUAUGUUGUUACUUUCGGUCAGGAUUAUGUUGUUAAGUGGGGUCAUGUUUCCAAACUUCACUCUGGUCAAGAAGUUGAUCUCUCCAUGGAUCAAUCUUCAGGUGGUGGGUUCCAGUCCAAGAACAUUUACGGAUCAGGUCUCUUUCAAAUGAGAAUCAAAGUGCCCGGAGGAAAUUCUGCCGGCGUCGUCACUGCUUUCUACUUGACUUCGUUGGGAGGCAAUCACGAUGAGAUUGACUUCGAGUUUUUAGGAAACAACGAUGGAAGACCGAUAACGUUGCAAACAAAUGUGUUUGCGAAUGGAGAAGGAAACAGAGAAGAGAGGUUCUUGCUUUGGUUCAAUCCUAUCAAACACUACCACACUUAUGGGAUUCUUUGGAACCCUUACCAAAUUGUGUUUUACGUGGACAACAUCCCAAUAAGAGUCUACAAAAAUGAAAAAGGUGUAAGCUAUCCAUCAAAACCUAUGCAAGUAGAGGCCAGUCUAUGGAACGGUGACACUUGGGCGACUGAUGGCGGUCGGACCAAGGUCAACUGGUCAUACUCUCCUUUUGUUGCCCAUUUCCAAGACUUCUCCGGCCUCUCCGGCUGCUACAUAGAUGGUCGGAGUAGCAAUGUCGCCGCUUGUGAGUCCUCCAAUUUCUGGUGGAAUGAAGGCAAGUAUCAACGAUUAAGCGGAUCUGAACAAAAAAUGUAUGAGCAUGUGAGGCAAAAGUACAUGAACUAUGACUAUUGUACUGAUCGCAAUAAGUUCCAAACUCCUCCUAGAGAAUGUUACUGA